CUGUUACAGGAUUGAGUUUAGGUUUCUAUGUACAAUAUUUGUGAUUUUAUAAAAAUGACAAUUAGUAAUACAAGUCGUAUACUGGAUAUUCCAUGUAAAGUAUGCGGAGACUACUCUUCGGGCAAACACUACAACAUUUUCGCUUGCGACGGCUGCGCGGGAUUCUUCAAAAGGUCCAUACGUCGUAACCGUCGUUACAUUUGCAAAGGCAAAGAAGGAGGUUCCUGUACCAUCGACAAGGCACACCGGAACCAAUGCCGUGCUUGCCGAUUGCAGAAGUGUCAAGACGCCGGAAUGAAUAAGGAGGCUGUUCAACACGAAAGAGGUCCAAGAAACUCGACAAUCCGUCGUGCAAUGUCCUCCUUUUUCGAACACCAGCAACGCGCCGUUAUGGCGUACGGCGGCAGCCCUUCCGAAAGCCAACCGAUGGUGUCACCGGGCGGUAGUGGUGUUUUAGAUUUGGCUCUACCGAAAACCUCGUUGUCUUCACCUACGCACCUGGAAAACCCGAUCGUAUCGAACUUACCAAUCAUGCAACCGACGACUUAUGGAUAUUUGCCUAGACUUCCACCAAUUGCAUUCCAAACAGCUCCAAUUAUAAGCCCACCAAUAACGCCACCGCCCGCUGUGAUGCCUCCCGAAGACAUAUGCGAAUCGGCAGCUCGACUUUUAUUCCUCAACGUACAAUGGACGAAAAACUUGCCAUAUUUUACCAGUCUACCCAUGUCCGAUCAGCUCUUGCUCCUAGAAGACGGCUGGAAGGAUUUGUUUAUACUUGGAGCCGUCCAGUUUUUACCAAUAUUAGAUUUAAGUUCUUUAAUGGAAGCGAGCGAUGCUUUUAAAAAAGACGACGCGCCAGUUUUCGUGCAAAGAGUGCAAGAGUUUCAGGAAACUUUGGUGCAUGCUAAACAGUUCCAUUUGGAUCCCAACGAGUUUUCGUUCCUUCGUGUCAUGUCUUUGUUCAAAGCUGGAAACGUCAGUGCCACUGGAGUAUCUAGAAACUUGAUUGAAAGUAGAUCUGUUCAAAUUGUCGCUAACGAUGCUCAAAUGAGCCUCAAUAAAUACUUGGCUACAACAAGGAUUCACGAUCCGUUGAGAUUCAGCAAAGAGUUUUUGCUUUUGAAUAAAAUCAGAUCGAUUUCAGCCGAUGCCAUCGAAGAAUUGUUUUUCCAGAAAGCCGUUGGGAAAAUUCCUAUCGUCAAAAUUAUUGCUGAUAUGUACAGAAAUCAGCAAAUAUAAUUUGUUAGAGUAUGUAUAUUGACAAUUACUACAUAGUAAUUGGCGAAGAGUAAAAAAGUUUUAAUUAGUUACUACAUAGUAACUAAACCUACCUGUGAUGUAUUUAGUUUUAAGCUGAUGAGUUUUGCGAAGCAAGCUUAAGUGUGCAGGGUUACUACAGAGUAGCCCUAGAAAAUAAUCUGUGAUUAACGAUUUUGCCUUGAGGUAUUUAUAUAGGCAAUAAAAAAAAAUCAUAAUAUAUUACUAUGUGAAAAGAUACAUAUUUUUUGUAUGAAGUAUUUUGCCGUUGAGAGGCUGAAUAUGUUUAUAUGACUUCAAUUUUUUAGACAAAUUUUUAC